UCCAGUUUCACCUAGCUUUAGGUCCUUCACAAAAGAAUUAUUGCUUGAUGUGCAAUUUGUUUGGUUUAAACCUCUAGCCAUUUUAACUUCCUUCUAGAGCUCUACACAGGUUGUGGAUAGAAAUGGAGAGCUCAGUGCAGUCCCUGGCAGCGUGGGGCAGAAGGGCACCUUCUCACUCUAUCACAGGCAUAAUGAUCACAGAUGAUCAACAGACCAUUGUAACUGGAAGCCAAGAGGGUCAGCUUUGUCUGUGGAGUCUUUCCAGUGAUUUAAAGAUCUCACCAAGAGCCCUUCUCUUUGGUCACACUGCCUCUAUUACUUGUGUGGCAAAAGCAAGAGACUUUGAGAAGAAACCAUAUGUGGUCAGUGCUGCCAGCAAUGGGGAGAUGAGCCUUUGGAAUGUCAGCAGUGGGCAGUGUGUGGAGAACACAAAGAUGACCUUUACUCAUACCUCUAUCUGUUAUUACUACUCUUCAUUCCGCAUGGAGGAAGAUGGAUGGCUCCUGUGCAGCGGAGAGUAUCAGGAUGUUCUGGUCAUUGAUGCUCGGGUGCUGGAAGUUCUUCAUACAUUUAUCUCUUCUGAGUCUCCUGACUGGAUCAGCUCAAUGUGUAUUGUCCACUCACCUCGGAUCCAAGAGGACUCUUUAGUGGUUGUAUCAGUUACUGGAGUUUUGAAAGUCUGGAACUUAUCCUCUUCUGUAAAGAGUGUGCAGGAAAAGCAGCUUAUCUUUGAAACGGAAUCCAAGAGUCUCCAGUGCUUAAUGUGUCAAACUAUCCGCUUUUGCAAGUACACAGAACGAUUGCUGUUGGUAGUAUGUUCAGAUUCCUGGAAGGUGUACGACUAUUGUGAUUUCUCCUUGCUGUGUGUGGAAAUGAGUAAAACUGGACAGGGCUUUACUGGUGGGGAACUGCUGCCAGCUAACAGACUCCUAGUCUGGACAGAGGAUGGACACAGUUACAUCUACCAGCUGUCUGACAGGGGUCUUUUAAAACAUGUUAUCUAUCCCCCCUGUGAAAGUUCAGCCAGCGAGACGGUUUCACCACGUAUGCUGUGCUGCACGUCAGAUCGCAAGAUUUCCCAUCCUGUACUGGGCUUUAUAAGCGAAAGAAAGGAACCUUUCUAUAAAAUUCUAUUCUCUGGUGAUGAAUCUGGAAGAAUAACCUUAUGGCACAUCCCUGAUGUCCCCAUUGUAAAUUCUGAUGGAUCCCCAAAAGAAAUUCAAGUGGCCGUAACCUGCAGUCUGGCUGAUUCUUUUAAACAACACGUGUCUGAAGAGAUCGUCGGCCCUCUCAGUUGUCCUGGGGAUGAGUCCCCAGCCAUCACUGUCAGUGUUUAUAUCCCUAACAACGAUCAACUGGUGUGUGGAUGCGAAGAUGGAAAAAUAAUAGUAAUGGCAGCUUUACGUGUAGCCAGAGCAAAGCUGCUUGAGGACCGCUCUCAAUUAAGAGACUGGCUCUCUCACAAGACUGUCCAAGGCCACAGUGGAAGAGUUACUUGUCUGCUGUACCCAUACAAUAAAUCUGUGAGCUUCAAUCCAAGCUGGCUGGUCUCAGGUGGUCAAGACUCGUGUGUAGUCUGGUGGGAUGUGUUUACAGGAGAGAUUUUGCACAAAUUUACACUACAAGCCGGUCCGGUGGUGAACCUUUCAGUACCUCCAGAAGAAUGUAGACCCAAAGUACACCAGAGUGUUUGCUGUUUAGCCAGUGACCAGUCAAUAGCACUCCUAAACCUCCAGGAGCAAGCCUGUAUCAUCCAUGCCAGGAAACAUCUGUUCUCUGUGAAGAUCAUUAAAUGGCGACCUGUUGAAGACUUCCUUGUGGUUGGCUGUGAAGAUGGGUCAGUGUAUGUCUGGGAGAUCGAGUCAGGUGCUCUUGAACGACAUGAAACAGGAGACGCAGCUAAAGCAAUCCUCAGCUCCUGUGAUGAUUCCCAGGCUGUGCUAAUUGAUAGAUGGGUUCCCAUACCUGCAGGAGCAAGGCCUAACCAUCUGUAUCAGAGAAAUCAUCUGCAUUGCAAAGCAACCAGCUCUUUCAAACAUAACAGAACUCAGGAAAAGAUUCCGAUUCCAGAGCUCAUUUUGAGCCCUUUCAGAGUGUUGCAAUUGAAAGCCUCCUCAGUAGACAAUGGUUUUCACGUCCUAACAUUCGACGUGGAGGGACUUUUGGAACAGCUACACCCCAGCCCAGAGGAAAGGUCAGAUCUGCUGAGCUCCUAUGACAGCUCUGAAGCCCUAAGAAGAGUGGCAAGCUUUGAUAGAAAGCAAUCUAGACUGAAAAGGAACAAAACGUCGGUGUCCCUUCAUCAAGUAAAUGAGUUUGUACGAGAACACCUAUUCCAAAGUGAGAACAACAUUUAUAGUGCUGCUGAUGAAGGAGUUGGCAUGCUUAUGCGAAAAAAAAAAGACUCUAGAAGGAGCCAAAAACAGGAUCUGGGAAAAUUGGAUAUCAAUAGAACUGAAGAUACAGCAAGACUUCUAUUGUCCUGCCUCUUCCCAUGGGGUACAGAUGGAGAACUUGAUGACCUCUGUACGAAUAAUCUUGGUAUCUUCACACCUCAAGCUCCAGUGUCUUUUGGUCUACAAUCAAAGAAUGGUCACAUGUCACUGAUACUGCCAGGGUGGCAUCCACAGAAAAUGAGUGGCACGAGUGAGAAUGGGCCUUAUAAUUUAAUUUCAAACAAAGUAAUGCAGCUGGCGAAACAGUACACAAACAGCAGUGCUGCAGAAACUUCAUUUCUAGAAAAGGCUGAGGAUAAGAAGGAGGGGGACUUUGGAUUGGAAAUUACUUCCUAUCUGUUGUCCAUUAUUUUAGUAGUCAGCAGUCUUAUGAGAUUGCCUUUGCAGACAGAUGAGUCUAUCGAACAUGACAGACACGAGAAGAAUGGGUCUCACCUUUAUAAAAGGAGAGCCAAGGAUGCUGCCCGGUAUCCUCUUAGAGAAACAGAAUCUCUGAAAAAACUGAUCACCAGUUGGCAACAACAGUCAGUUGAGGUUCUUGAGGCAGUACAAGCUGUGCUGUUGGUAGAGGUUCAGAGGAUUAUAAAGACCUUGAGAAAGACAUCAAUCAGCAGUCAAGCAGUGACCGUGGCAGAGAAUAGAAAUGGUGAGACUCAGACAUUGCCAAAGAUUGGGGGCACGGAACUGCUGGAGUCACAACAAAGUACUGCCCCACUGAGUACCAUUGAAGAAAGCAGCAUCUUGCAGCUAUCAGAGAAGGCCCCUCACAGCGAGGCACCUGCUGAAACUGUGGAUGUGCCAAAAUGUGUGGAGCACACCGGCAAUCCCCCAGACCCUCAUCAGAACAUCACAGCUACCUGUAUCCAGCAGCAGUGUUUGAAGCAAAGAGCACGGAAGGCUAACAUAACAGGAGGCCUGAAAGAAGUUCAGUUUGACUGCUGUAAGCUGUGCUGAUGGAACCCAUCCGAUUCCAUGAAGGUCGUCACUCAUUAUUGCAGGCUGGAUCCAUAUAUAUAUAUAUAAUCAUGUGGGUAGAUUCAUUACUGGAACCAGUUUUGUAAAUAUUUUACAGUAAGUGAGUGUUUGUAUGCUGUCUGAAUGGUAGUCAGCACAUGCUGUCAUUGACUUCUUAUGCAUAUACUGUAUAACAGGCAGUGUUUUCUAGUGUGACACUCCCUGCUAUUGUGCAUACUGCUGAGCCACUAUUGCACGGGGAUCAAACCAUUGGUACAGUGGUUAAGAUGCUGUUCGCCAGUUGUUAGUACAGGUAUGGAAAAAAGUUUUGCAUCACCCUGUAGAAUGAACACAUUUUUCUUCAUAAAGUCGAAUGAAACCUGCUGAAUGAUGUUACGUUAACAUAUUGAAUUACAUACCGCUUUGUAGUUUUCCAUAAACUUCUGUGACAUUUCGAAAUGGCUUCCGGUUGACUUUUGCGAUAUCAUUUUGUAGUUUAUUUGUAAAUAAAAUAUCUAAAUUAUGUUCAUGUAGGUUUUUUUGUUUGUUUGUUUAAUGAUGUUCUAAAUCCUAAAAUUCUAGGUGAUGUGAAACUUUUGGCCAUAGCUGUAGGUGCCUUGACUGAGAUUCUCAUAGAAGACUUUUAUUAACUUCUAAAAAUGAUUUUUUAAACAGCAUGAUUCACACCUAUAUUUUAUACAGCUAACAUUUGAAAAAUCUACAGUGUAUGCAACCUAUAAAUCUAUUUUGUGGUUGAAAUGUGUGCUAUAAACUGAACUAAAAUACCAGUAAAAUCAUGCUUCAAGAAUAGUAUGUAAUACUGUGUAAUAAAGUUAAGAAUAAAAAAAUGUUAUCAUUUUCUUACAUCUUUACCUUUGUGUUAAGAAGAUAUUUUUUUAACUUUUGUUACUGUUACUAUUGCUAAAAUCAAGCCUUAAUAUCAUUCUAACUUUAUGUAUUAUUAUAUACAGUUUUUCUAUAUAUUUAUUAUAU